GUUGAAAAUACAGGAGAUAUUAACUCGAUGUGUAUUUUAUCCCUUUUUCACCUAUUCCCUGUCAAUAAGUGUGAUGUUAAUUUGUGUAUUACUUCGUACGUUAAACGGAUUAAAGAUGUAUUGUAUGCGUUUGCGGCAAAUGCAUCCAAAGAUGUCCUCAUGGUAAAAAUAUCAGACGAAUGCUUGCUGUAUUUGAAGAGAGUGUGUCCGAUAUAUACAAUUGACAAUGACGGUGAUGCUUCAUCGAUUCCAUAUGAUCCAGAAUUAGAACUGGAUACCAAUCUCAAGUCUGCCUGUUCGGAAUUUGUUUCCCUAUUAGCAACAAGAUCUAGUGAAAGAUCAGAAGACAUGUUCUUUCAACGUUAUUUAAAACCAAUGAUCACAAUUGGGAUUACAAAACCUGGUGGUACGGACUUUGUUUCUUCAGGACCUGGUAAAGUCAGCAAAUACCAGGUCGAAGACGAUUUCGUCAAGCUCAAUACGCACUUGAAACACUCAAUAGACAAGCAGGCGUCUUUAGGUGUGGAAAACCCAGUUGCUUUGGGCUUGUUGUGUGAGGGCUUCGUGUGCUCAUUGAUAAAGAUGGCACUUGUUGAAAAGGGGGUGUACUUGCCCAUUACAAUUAGGAAGUUUAGAGUUCCUGAACUACAAUCAGAUUUGCUCUUCCUCCCAAAGACAAUGGAAUGUCUUCACUUUGUCUUGAAGGAAAUCAGAGGCUUCCCUGAGAAGUAUGGCAACAGAAAAAAGAAGGCAUUGGUAAAG